UCUCCUCUGUCCAGCACCUCCGGGGCACUCAAAGGCUCCACCUCCCCCCCCUCCAUCUUCUUCUUCCCUCUAACAUCCUUCCCUUCCUCCCCUCUCCUUCUCUGGAAGCCUCCCUGGAAUGACCCCCAGUGAUUUUGCCCAGGGCCAUCACUUCCUGUCCCCCAGCACUGCAGUCCAGGUCCUUGACUACUUCCUUGUCUCCAAGACAUGCCCAGCUCUCCCACCAUCCUAGGAGCUCUGAGGGCAGGGCCUGGGUCUCCAUCCUCCUUGGGCUGGGCAUGUGUUGAGCACCUAUAUCCCAGGCAUGUCAGAAGAGGUCAGCUGGAGCCAGUGACAGACACAGUCAGGCCAAGAGCAUCUUGCUCUCCAAGGCCCAGCCCAGGCACAGGAGAGGAUAAAAGUCCCGUGCUGGGGCCUCAGGGCAGGAACUCACACACCUUGACAAUCUUCUGUCUGCCUGUAGCUGCCUCGGUCUCUGUCAUGUCUUUCUCCUCAUGCCGGGCCCAGAGGGGCUUCAGCGCUCGCUCAGCCUGUUCUGCCCGUGCGGGGGGCCGUAGCAGCAGUAGUUUCAGCAGCAGGAGCAUCAGUUCCUUUGGGGGCUACCGAGGAGGUUCUCAUGGAAGGGUCUGGGGGUCUGGGGGAAGGCUGGGGGUGCAGUUUGGGGAGGGCAGUGGGGGGCCUGGGCUUUCCCUGUACCCUCCGGGGGGCAUCCAGGAAGUGACCAUCAACCGGAGUCUGCUGACCCCCCUGAAGAUUGGGAUGGACCACCAGUUCCAGGCGGUGCGGACUCAGGAGACCCAAGAGAUCAUAACUCUCAACAACCAGUUUGCUUCCUUUAUUGACAAGGUACGGCUCCUGGAGCAGCAGAACAAGGUCCUGGAGACCAAGUGGACCCUGCUGCAGCAGUUGGGGGUGAGUGACAGACCCCAGGGCCUGGACUCUUUCUUUGAGGCCCACCUGGCUCAGCUCCGGAAACAGCUGGAGCAGCUCCAGAGAGAACGAGGGGCUAUGGAUGCUGAGCUGAAGUCCUGCCAGGACCAGGAGGAAGAGUAUAAGGCCAAGUAUGAGCAGGAGGCCAACAAGCAUGCCAUGGUGGAGAAUGACUUUGUGGUCCUCAAAAAGGAUGUGGAUGACUUUUUCCAGAGCAAGAUGGAGUUGGAAAGCAAUUUGGAGGCUCUGAGAGAGUACAUCUGCUUCUUGAAGCGUCUGUAUGAAGAAGAGCUGGGCCAGCUCCAGACCCAGGCCAGUAACAUGUCUGUGGUGCUGUCCAUGGACAACAACCGCUGCCUGGAUUUCAGCAACAUCAUUGCUGAGGUCCGCGCUGGCUACGAGGAGAUUGCCCGGACCAGCAAAGCUGAGGCCGAGAUGCUAUACCAGACAAAGUACCAGGAGCUUCAGGUGUCUGCCCAGCUUCAUGGCAACAGCAUGAAGGAAACCAAAGUCCAGAUCUCUCAGCUGCAGCGGGCAAUUCAGAGUCUGCAGAGUCAGAUUGAGAACCUCAAGAAGCAGAAUGCCAACCUGCAGGUCGUCAUCACUGAUGCAGAGCAGCAUGGGGCCUUGGCCCUCAAGGAUGCUCAGGCCAAGCUGGAGGAGCUAGAGGCUGCUCUGCGCACCGCGAAGCAGGACCUGGCCCGGCUGCUGCGGGACUACCAGGAGCUGAUGAGCACCAAGCUGGCCCUGGACGUGGAGAUCGCCACCUACCGCAGGCUGCUGGAGGGCGAGGAGUGCCGGAUGUCUGGGGAAUGCACCAGCCAGGUCACCAUCUGUGUCCUUGGAGGAGGCAGUGCUGUUGAGUCUGGAGGAGCCGGUGGCCCGGUGGGCACUUGUGGACUUGCAGGUGGGAAAGGCAGCUAUGGGUCCAGCUGCUCCAGCAUCGUGACUGGAGGCUCCGUCGUCCUGGGCUCUGGGCCGGGCUCUGUUCUGGGCUCUUGCUCUGUGUCUGGCUCUGGCUCCAGCUCCAGCUCCAGGUCCAGCUGUGGCACCAUCCUGAAGAAGACUGUCGAAUCAAGUCUGAAGACAUCUGUUAUAUACUGAGUGACCUGGCAGCCAUUUGCUACCCCUGCCCCUCACCACCCCCCAAGUCCUCUCAGCGCUGCUCCCACCCCCAUCAUCCCCAUCCUUGCGUGGCCAGCUUUCUGUUCAUUGCCCAUGGCCAGAGCCAGCCAACAGGGGACUCUGCAAAAGUCAAUAAAGCCACGCUCUUCUAA